GCACCUCCCCCUUUCUGCUGCUGCUGCUGCCUCUGUCUGUACAAAGGCCCUUAUGGAGCUCCGGGAGCAGUGUCAGUUCUCGCCCUGACUAUCUGCUCAGGAUGUGUGUGCCCAGGAUGCCAGUGCAUGUGCCCAGGAUGUGAGUGUUUGCCCACACUGUGCCCGUGUCUCUCCAGUGGCCCCGUCUGUCUGUCUGUCUCUCACACUCUCACACAGGGCAGUUCCUAGGGAAGUGCACAGAGGAGUCCUGCCCUGAAUGGCUGAUGCUUCUCCCCCCAAGUUGGACUGUGAACCCCCAACUGGAGCAGCACUGUGCUCCCCUGUACCCUGAGAAUCCGCCAGCCCGUGGGAUCUGGAGUGCCCGGCCUUCCUCAACAGCCCCGAGUGGGUCCCCAAGAGCUGACGCCCUGGGAUAUGUGGCUCCUGUACCUAAUCCUGGGCUCUGUGGAGAGCCAGCUUUUACCCGGCAAUAACUACACUACCGAGUGUAACAUCCCGGGCAACUUCAUGUGCAGUGACGGGCACUGUAUCCCGGGAGGCUGGCAGUGUGACGGGAACCCAGAUUGCUUCGAUGGGAGCGACGAGAAAGAAUGCCCAGAGGCACAGCACAAGCGAAUCAGAUCCAUGCUGACAGCCAAAGCCAAAUCCAAGUGUGGACCAAACUUUUUCCCGUGCAUGAGCGGCAUCCACUGCAUCAUAGGCCGCUUUCAGUGCAACGGCUUCGAGGACUGUCCGGAUGGGAGCGACGAGGAGAACUGCACUGCCCACCCUUUGCUCUGCUCCACCUCUCGCUUCCACUGCAAGAACAACCUGUGCAUCGAUAAGAGCUUUGUGUGCGACGGACAGAACAACUGCCUGGAUAACAGCGACGAGGAGAAGUGCCAGAGCCCACAAGAGCCAGGCAGUGAGGAGUAUGUUUCAUCGGAGAACCAACUGCUUUACUACCCCAGUAUCACCUACACAAUCAUCGGAAGCUCCGUCAUCUUUGUGCUAGUGGUCGCUCUCCUGGCGCUGGUCCUGCACCACCAGAGGAAACGUACGAAUCUGAUGAGUCUCCCAGUGCAUCGACUCCAGCACCCGCUGCUUCUCUCCAGACUGGUGGUACUGGAUCACCCCCACCACUGCCGGGUCACCUACAAUGUCAACAAUGGGAUCCAGUACAUGUCAAGCCCGGGCUACCAGCAGCCAGUGAGUGUGGAGUCCCCACCCUCGUACACGGAGGCCGUGCUGGAUCACAGCUCUCGCCCACCUUGGUUUGACCUGCCGCCUCCUCCUUACCCCUCUGAUAUGGAAUCGACCAGCCAAACAGAGCUGCCUCCUUACCGCUCCCGAACAGGCAGUUGCACCAGCACCGGCAGCACUGAGCCCCCCCGGGGUACACCCUGCAGCACGGAGCACCCCGAGACCCCUACAGAACCACAGAACAUGGCAGCUACAACCAAUCACAGUCUUCCAAGCCCAGAAGCAGAGGUCUAGACUGGGUGCAUCAUGGGUCAGUCUGCUGCAACUUGUUACCGGCACAACUAUUCCUUAUAUAUUUUUUAUAGAUCCCAGAUGUUUAUUUUUUUAGCAGUUUUAUUUCCCCUUUAUUUCUAUGUAUUGGACAUGCCGGAUCCCCAGCAGUGAGGCCCUUGGCUAUUACUAUGCAGCAGCAGUGCCAGCGAUUCAACGCUUGGUUUGUUUGGACGGCAGCAAAAGCCAUUAUCUGGCAGAAAGGAUGGAGCCCUGCAGGGGAGACAAACCUUUAAAAAAUAACAGAUUACAACCCAUUAGCUCUUCUCAUCUGCAGAACACGGAGCUCAAAGGGUCGUCCCUGCUCUCAACCGAGGACUUUCCCGUGUGUGAUUAAAAUAAACAAGCACA